AUUUCUUUUUCAUUUCGUCAUUUUCACCUGUGCAUGUGGGCCUUAUUACUUAAAAAUCUCAGCCGUCCAUUUCUUCAUUCCACUUUCUAUUUAUACCCAAACCCUCUCUUGCACCUUCUCACUCCUACACACUACAGCGGUACAGCCCUUCACAAGGUCCUUUAAACCUGGCCUUCAUCUCUUGCUCUUUCUCUUUGCAUUUCAGAUAGAUUUAUUAUUAGUGACAGUGCACCGAUGGAUUGUUUUAAUAUUUUAAAAGAGGACAAGGUAGAGGGGAUGAUAAAAAUGGAAGCGGAGGUUUACACCCAAGAUGGAACCGUCGAUAGACAUGGUCAUCCAGCAAUCCGGGACAGAACUGGAUCAUGGGUCGCUGGAAUUCUAAUACUAGUGAAUCAAGGGCUAGCCACGUUGGCAUUCUUUGGGGUGGGAGUGAACUUAGUUCUGUUUCUGACAAGGGUGUUGGGCCAAGACAAUGCUACAGCAGCAAACAACGUGAGCAAAUGGACCGGAACGGUUUACAUCUUCUCACUACUGGGAGCCUUCCUUAGUGACUCUUACUGGGGGAGGUAUAAGACUUGUGCGAUCUUCCAGGCCAUCUUUGUCGUUGGUCUGGUCUCAUUGUCCCUAUCAUCUUACAUAUUCCUACUCAAGCCCAGUGGCUGUGGCGAUGAUCAAUUUCCAUGUGGAUCCCACUCAACAUUCCAGAUUGCGCUGUUCUACCUCUCCGUCUACCUUAUUGCCCUAGGAAAUGGAGGAUAUCAGCCCAACAUAGCUACCUUUGGGGCUGAUCAGUUUGAUGAAGAGGACCCUGAAGAAGGGCACUUGAAAAUAGCCUUCUUCAGCUACUUUUAUUUGGCUUUGAAUCUUGGGUCUCUUUUUUCAAACACCAUAUUGGGAUAUUUUGAGGACCAUGGGAUGUGGGCACUUGGAUUUUGGGCGUCCACCGGUUCUGCUGUUUUGGCAUUGGUCUUGUUUCUUAGCGGGACUCCUAGGUACAGGCACUUCAUACCUAAAGGCAAUCCUCUCUCCAGGUUUUGCCAAGUGGUUGUUGCUGCAACAAGAAAGUGGAAAUUUGAGAUGGUGAAAAAUCAUGAGAAUAUGUUUGAAAUAGAUGGGAAGAAGUGUUCCAAAGAUGAGGAUAGAAAGAUACUUCACACCGAAGGAUUCAGAUUCUUGGACAGAGCAGCCCUUAUCACACCCAGUGAUUGCUCUGACAGGGAGAAUAACAUUCUCAAUCCAUGGCGUCUUUGCACGGUUACACAGGUGGAAGAGGUCAAGUGCAUAUUGAGGAUCCUCCCAAUUUGGCUGUGCACAAUUCUAUACUCUGUUGUAUUCACUCAAAUGGCAUCACUUUUCGUGGAACAAGGUGCUGCUAUGAAAACUACCAUCUCAGGCUUUCACAUUCCUCCUGCAAGCAUGUCCAGUUUUGACAUACUCAGUGUUGCAGCAUUCAUAUUCAUGAAUAGACGAGCUCUGGACCCACUUGUUGCGAGGCUAAGAAAGGACCCAAGAGGGCUCACCGAGCUUCAGAGAAUGGGAAUCGGUCUAGUUAUUGCAAUAACGGCAAUGGUCUCAGCAGGGGUUGUAGAGUUAUUCAGGUUAAAGCACGCACAAAAAGAAAAGGCUUGCAUAGGCUGCGACAGUGCGAGUUCUUUGAGCAUUUUCUGGCAAAUUCCUCAAUAUGUACUGAUAGGAGCAUCUGAGGUAUUCAUGUAUGUAGGUCAGCUAGAAUUUUUUAACGGGCAAGCACCAGACGGAUUGAAGAGCUUCGGAAGCGCACUUUGCAUGACCUCCAUAUCUCUAGGGAACUAUGUGAGUAGCUUGCUCGUCACAAUUGUCAUGAAAAUCUCUACUGCAGAUAACAUGCCAGGAUGGAUCCCAGGAAAUCUUAACAAAGGUCAUCUAGAUCGAUUUUACUUCCUCUUGGCAGCUUUGACAAGUGCAGAUUUCAUAGUCUACAUUAUAUGUGCAAAAUGGUACAAGUACAUCAAGUUUGAGGGAAAGGAUGGUGCCAAGAACAACGAUCAACAAGCUGACCAUAGAGUUUGAGUAUAUACAUGUAUCUUAGCAUUGAAACUGGAGGACUUGAUUUUUCACUUCUCUCCAAGUUGAGCAUGAGGGGUUGCAAAAUGUUUGUAGCUGAAUUUGAGCGUUAAUUAAUUAGUUAAUCACAACAUUCAAACUCUUUUAUUGUUUAAUUAUAACAAGUAGCUAAAAUGUCCGCUGUAAAUUGUCGGCCAAGUUAAGUGACGCCACUGGAAGUUUCUAGGAUUUGGUCCUAAUGUUACGUAAGCCUGCAAUACAAAAAGAUGAUUAGGUGGAUAGCCUUCUGGCAGGCCACUCCGACGCUCAAGUCAGAAAACUGUAUGUGAGGAUAUUGAAAGAACUUGUAAUGAGAAUUUGAGAAUGAGAAUAUGCAUACUUAUUCUCCAUGA